AGCAAAUAUAAAUGGAAAAAAACGUUAUGUGAUUAUGUGCUCAGCAAAUCGAAAUUAUUUGCAUCUUUUUACGUGUUUCUUAAUUUAUUUUAUAUUCUUUAAGUUCACUUAAGACAUGAUUGAAGAAGUGUCAACUUAUUCGAUUCCAAAGUGACGUCAUAAAAGCCAGGAAAAGAGAAUCUGUCAACAUCCUAUUUUGAGAAGAUUCCAAACCCCUCUUGUUACAAUGGGAGGGUGUUUUGGUAGACACAGGCACAGGGACCAUUCUUCCAGAGAGUCAUCAGACGUAGCAGGAAUUUCUUUAGGGAGAAAUCAGCCACUUCGACCAGAGAAACCAAAAUGGAAAAGUGAUGUGCCCCUGACUGAAGGUCAGCUGCGCAGUAAACGUGAUGAAUUCUGGGAUACAGCCCCUGCUUUUGAAGGUCGCAAAGAGAUAUGGGAUGCACUGAAAGCUGCUGCAUAUGCAUUGGAGACUGGCGAUCAUGCCCUUGCUCAGGCAAUCAUAGAUGGAGCCAGUAUAACUUUACCACAUGGGACACUGAUGGACUGCUAUGAUGAACUCGGUAACCGAUACCAGCUUCCAGUGUACGUGCUGGGUUCACCCAUGAACCUUAUUGAGGAAACCAGUCAGAGUGAGUCAGGCCAGGACGCUGAUGCAAGUAACCCACCGGGCGUUGAGACUGUGAUAAAAUUCCGUUUGUCGUCGACAAACAAAGACAUUAAACUGAAAGUACGAACUACUGAUUCCAUGCUGAAAGUGAAAAAGCGUUUAUUCGAGAUGGAAAAGAUAGAGCCUUCUAGACAGCGUUUCUUUUACUCUGGCAAGAUGUUGAAUGAUAAACUGAAGGUUGAAGAUAUUAAAAUCCCAAAAGCCGACAUGCACACGAAGUCCUUGGUCCAUCUUAUCCUAGGCCUUUGCCCAGGAUUUUGUCAUGGUACAGGGGCAGACAACAGCAGCUGGCAGUGUGUUUUUAAACAGCAUGCUCUUAAUAAGCUUUUGUCCAUCGUCAACAUUUACUUUGUUAAAGCCUUUAAGGCCACAUUAAAUAUCAAAUUUUCAUGAAACCUGGUUGGUCAUAACAUUUGGAACAAUAAAUCUUUGCCAAGUUCGACAUUAUCACAUUAGGAAUGAAACUAGGUCACAAGGUCAAAUUAAUUUAUUAAAUGAAGACCUUGUUAACAAUCUAUAAUUCUUAAUUUUAAGUCUGAUUGUCGAUAGUCCGAAAAUGGUUUCUGGUCGAUUGAAAAAACAUUACCGCCAAAGGUUGGGGCAGUUUCCCUUAUAUGGCUAAAAAUAAACCUUAAACUUUCAUGAAUUAACAUUUUUGUUCCAAUUAUGAAUAAAAAUUGUGUCCCAUUAAUUUUGUUCUAAUAAUAUCUUUGUAUUCAAAAAUGGUUCCAGUCUGUAGAAAAACAUAGCAACCCUGUUCUCGUUAUGGCUAAUGAAAUUUGGUGAACAAUCUAGCAGUCACAUUUCUGUUAAAUCUAUAAGAUAUUGAGGCACAUAGGUACAAUUGUGUUUAAAUGCCCUGGGGAAAGGACUGUCGUUUAUUAAUGUAGCAUGCACUGAAUUCUGUCCGAAAAUUAUACAAAUGUAGCAGCAGUAAUAGUAAUCCCCACGCUCCGAAUUGGAGCGGAGGGAUUAUGUGGUUAUCUCGGCUGCCCGUCCGUCCUGGCCACUAUUGAGGAGGUACACUUUUAGCACUAAAACCGUGAAACUUAAACACAUGGUAGCUAUGAGCAUAUGUGCGACAGUGCACUAUUUGGAAUUUUGAUCUGACCCCAGGGUCAAAAGCUGCGGCUUGGGGAUAGUUUAUUAUGUUUUUUUGAAAAUUAUUAUGCAGCCCAACAAAUGCAAGUGUAACCAAAUGAUGGCUUCUGGUAAGCUUAAAAUUAGAGGUUUAAAUGUAAAAAUAUAUCAUUUUAAUUUAGCAUUCUUAACCUAGUAGUUUUAUGUACACGUUUUUUCACAUGUUCUUUGCAAAUAUUGAAUUAAAGCCACACACCUUGAAAUGAAAUACAUGUUAAUCAAUACAUAUAGAUGCAAUUUGAAAGUGUGCAAAAUUGUUAUUAAAUCUAUAUCCUAGUUUGCAAGUAAUUUAUUAUUUUUAGCUCGGCUGUUUUCGGAGAAAACUCAGAGGUAUUGUCAUAGCCUCUUCGUCGUCCGCUGUCCGGGCGUCAUGCUUAAACCUUUACAUUGGCUCUAAAAUUAAAGUGCUUCCACCUACAACUUUGAAACUUCAUAUGUACAUGCACCUUGAUGAGUUCUACACGCCACACCCAUUUUUGGGUCACUAGGUCAAAGGUCAAGGUCACUGUGACCUCUAAUAUAAAACUUUAACUUUGCCUCUAACAUCAUAGUGCUUCUACCUACAACUUUGAAACUUCAUAUGUACAUGCACCUUGAUGAGUUCUAAAUGCCACACCUAUUUUUGGGUCACUAGGUCUAAGGUCAAGGCCACUGUGACCUCUAAUAUAAAACUUUAAAUUUGCCUCUAACAUCACAGUGCUUCCACCUACAACUUUGAAACUUCAUAUGUACAUGCACCUUGAUGAGUUCUACACGCCAAUCCCAUUUUUGGGUCACUAGGUCAAGGUCACUGUGACCUCUAAUAUAAAACUUUAACUUUGCCUCUAACAUCACAGUGCUUCCACCUACAACUUUGAAUCUUCAUAUGUAGAUGCACCUUGAUGAGUUCUACACGCCACACCCAUUUUGGGUCACUAGGUCAAAGGUCAAGGACAAGCUUUCGCAGCCGAGCGUGGCACCCAUUAUGCGGUGCUCUUGUUUAAAAUUUUAAAACCGAAAGUAUGAUUUCUAUAUGUAUACGUCCAUUUGGACAAACACAUUAUUUUUAAGUUUUAAAGCGCAAACAAGACGGAUUUCUACCUUGUAACCACCAGAUACAUGUAUAUUCUAAUUGGCAUAGAUAAAAUUAAAUAUAUAGCCUAGUUAGCAAGUAAUUUAUUUUUUUUAAUAACUGAAAGUAGGAUUUCUAUACGGUAUACGUCCAUUUUGACAAACGCGAUUAUUUUUAAGUUUUAAAGCACAAAAAAGACGGAUUUCUAUCUUGUAACCACCAGAUAUAUUCUAAUUGGCACAGAUAAAAUUAAAUCUGUAGCCUAGUUAGCAAGUAAUUUAUUAUUUUUCAAACGGUACUGCUUUUAAAAACGAAAGUAGGAUCUCUAGAUGUGUAUGUCCAUUUCAACAAACGCGAUUAUUUUUAAGUUUUAAAGCGCAAAAAAGACGGAUUUCUACCUUGUUACCACCAGAUAUAUUCUAAUUGGCAUGGAUAAAAUAUGUUUCUUAUUUAUACUUAAAUUUACUUUCAUUUCAAGGUGUGUGGCUUUAAAUGUUGAUGUACAUGUAAUUGUUAUAAUUAUGUGCUUUAAAAGGUUGUACAGCAUUCCAUAUGUCAGACGUGGUGUUGAAAUUUCUUUGAAUAUCUUGCGUUGCUUUAACUCUUUCAGUGCUGGAACCGAAUUUUGAAGGCCUUUGCGAACAGUUUGGAUCCAGAUGAGACGCCACAGAAUGUGGCGUCUCAUCAGGAUCCAAACUGUUUGCUAUUCUGAUAGUAUUCUUUGAAAAAAAUCAAGGAAAAUGCUAAUUUUAGAAAUUCAGCAGACAACAUUAUAGCAGAAGACAAAUUUCCCAGCAUGCAAAGGGUUAAAGCAUCACAAUGAUAUCCUGUCAGCGAUUUUUUUCCUUCUUUAUAAAGUACCGGUAAACGGCACUUUCCCAAUUACGAAAAAACUACAAAUUUCCCAAUUGCUGGCCAAAAAAAUCCCAAUUUAAGGUAAAAAAAAAAAAAAAAAAUUUAUUUUUUUUUGAAAAUGCAACAUUUUGUUCGUUUCCCUGUGCAGCUCUAUGGUUUGAACCUAUGUAAAUAUAAUAUUGACAGCUUGAAAACACUUAGUUAUCAAUUUUAAAGUAUUUGGGAGCAUAAAAUCAAAUACACCAAUUUCCCAAUUUGAGGGUUUCACGACUCGAUUUUUCCCAAUUUGAGGGUUUUCACGACUUAAUUUUUGCCAAUUGGACCGGUACGGGUACUUUUCCCAAUUGGACAAAAAAAAUCGCUGCCUGUCAAGUUGUGUAUGAGAUCACCCUGCACUGACGAGAGCCUGUUGUAGAUUUUCUUAUUUCUGUAUUCAUAAUAGGAAUCUCAUCCUACAUGUUUAUGCUGUGUUGGUUCAUGUGAUACUGUGAUUUUGAAAUUGUAAUCGUUCCUAAUUCAGAAGAAGGGUCUCUGUUACAAGCAUAGACAUGAUGAAUUUCUUGUCAAAUAUCAGCUAAUUUAUUACAACUUGUUUCAAAGAAGUGCUGUAUGGUGUUCUCCACAUUACUAUAUUCCGUUAGUGUUGUUUAUAACUGCAAAUACUUGGUAUAUGUAGUGACAACUUUUGUUGGAUAUAUUUAUAUUAUAAAUGUUCAAUGAUGAACAAAUGUAAUAAGAACAUUUUUUAAUUUGUGUUUGUAUUAAAAAACAGCAUUUACAUGUGAAUACAUUUUGAUUGUGAGCGUACAAUUUAAUACGUUUGUUAGUCCCCUACCGGUGAAACAGGAGAGGGGCUUAUGGUUUGCACUCUGUGUGUCUGUCAGUCUGUCACACUUUUCUGGAUCCUGCGAUUACUUUAAAAGUUCUUCAUAUUUUUUCAUGAAACUUGAAACAUGGACAGAUGGCAAUAUGGAGAUUAUGUACAUCAUUUCAUUUUGUUCCUACGUCAAGAAUUCUGGUUGCUAUGGCAACAAAUAAAUAGACUAGAAAUAUUGCUGAAAAUGGUGGAUCCUGCGAUAACUUUAAAAGUUAGGUAUAGGGGACUUUCAUUGCUUGGCAAUAGUCUUGUUUUACCUUGUGUUGUAGUCCUAUGAAUUGGUUGACCUACACAAAUAACGUUCCUCAUGGAAUGACCACAAAAUGUAGAGUUGGAAGGUAGAAGACAAGUGUUUGUGUUUUGUUUUUACAUUUUGAACAAGACAUUAGCCAUCUUUGAAUCAUCUAUGGCUAAUUUAUUUUUAUGUUAUAAUUAUUUAAUACCAUACUUUUUUUCAAAUGUUAAGAGAUUCCUUUUUUUUUUUAAUGUUGACUUUUGUAACCCUUUUCAGUGGCACUUGUUUGUUAGCACUACUUUGUCAUAGAAAGAAGAAAGGGGGUGAAAAAAACAGGGUCAUUGUUGCCACCAGAAUAUCUUACUAUUAUUACCUUAAUGCUGUGCAUGUUUUGUUGGUUUGUUCAGCGAUUAUUUUGUAUGUGUGCUUUUAUAAAGUUGUGAAUAUCAUGAUACUUUUUGUGCAAUACAUGUUCUCAUAAUAUUGAUUAAACCGAUUUAUAUCA